GGGUCUACGGUACGCGCACAGAGCGUCCCAAAUCCAGUGUUUUAGUGGAAAACUUGAAUAACUAAGGAAUUCACUGGAUUUGCAGGAACGCACUAGAAAACCUGAAGUGAUGCACUACCAAUGGACGUAAACUACCAAGACUCAGCCACUCAUCCUCCUUUGGCUUGAAAGAAGGACCAGAAAGUUGCCUCUAGAAUUUGAACUGACUGAUUCAUAACGAAGCGAAAUUAUGUGACAACGAACAGCGGAGUUUGGAUUCUUGUUUCUUCAGAAAUACAUUUUGAAAUCAGAUAGCGGACGCAUUGUGACACUUUCUGAAGUGGUCUUUCGUUUAUGUAUCUUGGCUGGUUCGCAUGGGAUUAUACGGAUACCCGUUUAACGGGAGCUUCCAUUGGAGACGGCAUGAUCAAUUCGAGUGUGUUGACUGCAAAAGGGUUUGCCCAAUUGCAUGAGGAGUAGACUUAAUACAAGAUCUGACACAAAAUUGGAGACAGCAUUUAGUCUGAACUUCAGAAAAAUAAGAAACUAGUUAAUUUACGGCGACUGGCAACUCUACUUUAUCAUCUCCCAUUGAUUUGGCACACGCAAACCCUUCCGAAGAAGUCACCAAAACUGGAUUACCAGUCCACUGAAUAUAGCCUACGAUAUUGCCGUUAACCUAAUUUGGUUCAUGCAAAUAAAAGCAAAAGCUAAAGCUGCUGCUGAGAUGGCCAUUUUCUAAAUGAAUUUCAUAAAACUAUUUCACCUCACAGUGAAGAUAUUAUGAAGCAUAGAGAAAUCGCAAAACUCAAGUGACAUUUUGUGGAUAUUUCUUCACGGCAAGUUUGACAGUAUGUCGACGAUUUCUUUUGGAUUUGCUGUUUUACUUGGAAUUAUAGAAAUUUGCUCUGGAUCUCGACUUCGCCAGGAGGACUCUCCUCCGCGGAUAGUGGAGCACCCCUCUGACCUGAUCGUGUCCAAGGGGGAGCCGGCCACCCUCAACUGCAAGGCGGAGGGCCGGCCCACCCCGACGGUCGAGUGGUACAAGGACGGCGAGCGCGUGGAGACGGACCGCGACAACCCCCGCUCGCAGCGCAUGCUGCUGCCCAGCGGCUCGCUCUUCUUCCUGCGCAUCGUCCACGGCCGCCGCAGCAAGCCCGACGAGGGCUCCUACGUGUGCGUGGCCCGCAACUACCUGGGCGAGGCGGUCAGCCACAACGCGUCGCUGGAAGUAGCCAUUCUGCGAGAUGACUUCAGGCAGAACCCGGUGGACGUGAUGGUGGCAGCGGGUGAGCCGGCCGUUAUGGAGUGCCAACCGCCCCGCGGGCACCCCGAGCCCACCAUCUCCUGGAAGAAGGACGGCUUCAACAUCGACGACAGAGACGAGAGAAUCACGAUUCGAGGGGGGAAGCUGAUGAUCACCAACGCGAGGAAGAGCGACGCGGGGAAGUACGUGUGCGUGGGCACCAACAUGGUGGGCGAGAGGGAGAGCGAGAUCGCGGAGCUGACCGUCCUGGAGCGCCCCAGCUUCGUGCAGAAGCCCAGCAGCAUGUCGGUGCUGGUGGAGCGGAGUGUGGAGUUCAGGUGCGAGGCGCGCGGAGACCCCGUUCCCACGGUGCGCUGGAGGAAGGAGGACGGGGAUCUGCCCAAAGGAAGGUUUGAGAUCAGGGAGGACCACACGCUGAAGAUCCAUCGGCUGACCUCGGGCGACGGAGGCUCCUACACCUGCGUGGCCGAGAACAUGGUGGGCAAGGCGGAGGCGUCGGCCACGCUCACCGUCCACGUUGUAUCUGUGCCGCCGGUGUUUGUGCAGCGGCCGCGCAAUCAGGUGGUGGCAGUCGGCCGAACCGUCACGUUCCAGUGUGAGGCUACAGGAAGCCCCCAGCCCGCCAUCUUCUGGCAGCGUGAAGGCAGCCAGAACCUGCUCCUGUCCUCCCAGCCGCAGCAGCCCAGUAGCCGGGUGUCGGUGUCCCAGACGGGCGACCUGACCAUCACCAACGUGGAGCGCGCCGACGUGGGCUACUACAGCUGCCAGGCCCUCAACAUCGCCGGCUCCGUCAUCACCAAAGCCCUGCUGGAGGUUACCGACGUCAUUUCAGACAGACCCCCGCCAGUGGUCAAACAGGGGCCCACCAAUCAGACAGUCUCCGUGGAUGGGACGGUGAUCCUGGGUUGCCAGGCGACAGGUAACCCCCAGCCCAAGAUCCUGUGGCGCAAGGACGGUGUGCUGGUGUCCACUCACGACUCACGGGUCAAGCAGCUGGACACGGGGGCCCUGGAGAUCCGCUACGCCAAGCUGGGGGACACGGGCAUGUACUCCUGCACAGCGUCCAGUGCCAGUGGAGAGGCCUCCUGGAGGGCAUACCUGGAGGUGCAAGUGUUUGGUGUUCCGGUGCAGCCGGUCCGGCCCACAGACCCUAACCUGAUCCCCAGUGCCCCGUCUAAGCCGGAGGUGACCGAAGUGUCCCGCUCCUCCGUCACCCUGAGCUGGAAGCCCAACCUCAACGCCGGGGCCACCCCCACUUCCUACGUCAUAGAGGCCUUCAGCCAUGCGUCCGGUAGCAGCUGGCAGACCCUGGCUGACCAUGUGAAGACUGAGUCGUAUGUGCUGAAGGGCCUGAAGCCCAGUGCAGUCUACCUGUUCCUGGUGCGGGCCGCCAACGCAUACGGCCUGAGUGACCCCAGCCCCAUAACAGACGCUGUCAAGACACAAGACAUCCCUCCCACCAGCCAGGGCGUGGACCACCGUCAGAUUCAGCGGGAGCUCGGCGACGUGGUCAUCCAUCUGCACAACCCCACCAUCCUCUCCUCCUCCUCCGUCCGAGUGCAGUGGACGGUGGAGCAGCAGUCCCAGUACAUCCAGGGCUACAAGGUGAUGUACCGGCCCACGGUGGCCGAGGGGCAAGCGCGGGGGGACUGGGCCGUGUUCGAGGUGCGGACCUCCGGGGAGGACAACGCCGUGGUGCCCGGCCUCAAGAACGGAGCCACCUACGAGUUCAAAGUGCGGCCCUUCUUCAACGAGUUCAUGGGCACGGACAGCGACGUCAAACUGGCCAAGACCCUGGAGGAAGCUCCCAGCGCUGCCCCUCGGGAUGUUACCGUGACCGAGAGCGGCGACAAUGGCACCACCAUCCUGGUCUCCUGGCAACCGCCUCCAGAGGAGGAACAGAACGGCGUGGUCCAGGAAUACAGGGUCUGGUGCCUGGGCAAUGAGAGCAAGUACCACAUCAACCGCACGGUGGACGGCUCGACGCUCUCGGUGCUCAUCCCCAGCCUGGCCCCCGGGGUGCGCUACAGCGUGGAGGUGGCCGCCAGCACCAGCGCCGGCCCCGGAGUCAAGAGCGACAUCACCUACUUCCAGCUGGAUGAGACCGGCCGCGUUCGGCAGAGCUUGGACCUGGAGAACACGCUGUCGCAGCAGAUCUCCGACGUGGUCAAGCAGCCGGCCUUCAUCGCCGGCAUCGGCGCCGCCUGCUGGAUCAUCCUCAUGGUGUUCAGCAUCUGGCUGUACCGCCACCGCAAGAAGAGGAGCGGCCUCAGCAGCAGCUACGCUGGCAUCCGCAAGGUGCCUUCCUUCACGUUCACUCCCACAGUGUCCUACCAGAGAGGAGGGGAGGCCGUCAGCAGUGCUGGAAGGCCGGGGCUGCUGAACAUGGGGGAGCCGGCAUCUCAGCCGUGGCUGGCGGACACCUGGCCCAACAGCUGCUCCAGCCAGAACGACUGCAGCAUCAACUGCUGCACCUCCGGCAACGGCAACAGCGACAGCAACCUGGCCACCUACAGCCGCCCCGCCGACUGCAUCGCCAACUACAACAACCAGCUGGAAAACAAGCCCGCCAACCUGUUGCCCCCGGAGCAGGGCAUGUACGGCGAGGUGGACCUCUCCAACAAGAUCAACGAGAUGAAGACCUUCAACAGCCCCAACCUGAAGGACGGCCGCUUCGGGCCCGGCGGGCAGCCCACGCCCUACGCCACCACCCAGCUCAUCCAGUCCAGCAUCAUGGGCAACAACAGCGGCAGCGGCGGCGGUGGAGGGGGCAGCGGCGGGGGUAACAGCGGGGGCAGCGGAGGCGGCGUGGGCAUGGGGAUGAUGGGCGACAUGAACGAGAAGCACUGUUGGAAGCCCUCGCCCACCAGCCAGAAGCAGCAGCAGCAGCAGCAGCAGCAGCACCAGGACCUGAGCUCCACCCAGAUGCAGUACAACAUCAUGGAGCAGAACAAGCUGAACAAGGACCACUACAGAGGUGGAGAGAGCCCCAUGCCAGCCACCAUCCCCUACAACCAGGGCCCUGAACCCAGCACCGGCUCCUACAACAGCUCCGACCGCGGCACCAGCAGCACGUCAGGGAGCCAAGGCCAGAAGAAGGGAACACGCACCCCCAAACUGCCCAAACAGAACACAAUGAACUGGGCCGACCUGCUACCCCCUCCCCCUGCCAACCCCCCACCCUGUGACAAGUACUCACAUCUCUCUAUGGAGGAGAGCUACGAGCAGGACAUGCAGUGCCCCCUGCCCCCGUCCCGCAUGUACCUGCAGCCGGACGACCUGGAGGAGGAGGAGGACAUGGAGCGGGGGCCCACUCCCCCCGUGCGGGGCGCCGCCUCGUCCCCCGCCGCCGUCUCCUACAGCCACCAGUCCACGGCCACCCUCACGCCCUCCCCCCAGGAGGAGAUGCAGCCCAUGCUGCAGGACCCCGGGGACGGCAUGGGCCAGCAUGACCGCAGACGUCAUGUGGUGAGCCCCCCACCCCCGCCUCGCCCUCUCUCCCCCACACACACCUACGGCUACAUCUCCAGCCCCCUGGCGCUCGACACCGACGGCAUGGAGGAGGAGGAAGAAGAGGAGGAGGAGGAGGAAGAGGACGAGGCCGAGGAGGAAGGCGACGAGACGGACGCCGAGGUGGCCAAGGUGCACCGCCACCACCGUCGCCAGCGGCCCCAGCAGCACCACCCGCACCACCACCAGCAGCAGCAGCAGCAGCACGCGCCCAACCCCCACCACCCGCACCCCCACCCGCACCACCACCAGCACGGCCCGACCCCGCACCACCCGCACCAGCUGGCCCAGCGGAGGCUUCUGAUCCCGCCGCGCGGCCUGGAGCAGACGCCGGCCUCCAGCAUGGGCGACCUGGAGAGCUCGGCCACGGGCUCCAUGAUCAACGGCUGGGGCUCGGCCUCGGAGGAGGACAACGCCUCGUCGGGGCGCUCCAGCGCCGUCAGCUCGUCCGACGGCUCCUUCUUCACCGACGCCGACUUCGCCCAGGCCGUGGCGGCCGCCGCCGAGUACGCCGGCCUCAAGGUGGCCAAGUACCCCCAGCAGCAGGCGCUGGAGCAGCACACUGCCCCCGGAGCACGAAAAUACCAAAUGACCCCGUCAGGCCACCGUCCGAGCAGCCCUGUGUCCACCGACAGCAACAUGAGCGCAGCGCUGAUGCAGAAGCGGCCGCCCAAGAAACACAAGCAACCGCAGCACCUGCCCGUCAUCCCGGCCCACCACCGCCGGGAACCCUACGCAGACGAGCUGCCGCCCCCUCCCAUACCCCCACCGGCUGCCCUCAAGUCCCCCACGCACCCAUCCAAAGCCGGGCUGCCCCCCAAGGGCGGCUCCAGCGGAGAGAAGCGAGCGGGCGGAGGCUACCGCUCCCGGGACGGCUCCGACACCCGCACCAGCUCCGCCGAGCGCCACGAGGCCCAGGAGAGGCAGAAGGGCCAGAGAGGGGGCAAGGCUGGCAAACACGAGCCUGGCACCAAGGGCCACCAUCACCAGGGCUCUGAGGACAUCCCACCCUAUAACCGGCCCUCGUUCCCAGCAGUCCACAGUCCGCGGGAGCGCGACCCCGGCUCCUCCAGCUCCCUGUCCUCCAGAGGCUCCGGGGGCCGACGGAAAGGAGAGGCCGAGCAGGCGGGCCGCAGGCCUCCAAACCUGGGCCACAACACCAUGGGAGCCUUCCAGCCUGGAGACGAGGAACUAGAGAUGGUGGAAAGCUGAAGACCAGCAGACUGAGAGACUCCAUCACGUCUGGUCCAAGAGGAAAACUGAGAAUCCCUUUCUUCAACACUCUGUUGGAUUUUAAAGAAACCACACUCCGCCAUGUUCACUGACAAACACUAUAACUCGCCUUGUUGCCAUCAGGAAUACUGACCAGUUGUCCAUCUUUUUUAAUUUAUCAUUUUCUAAGUCCAGUCAAGAAGAAAGAUAAAAAAAAAGGCUCAAAUGAUAAGAGAAAAAAAAAAACAAUUGUGCAUUAGGAGGGAACUGAGCUGUAGUACUUUAUAUUUUGAUUUUGAUGCAAUAUGGAGUGACGUUUACUCCGGUGAUUGUUCCGACUUUACAGGCCCUGGCUAAAACAGAAGGACCUUGCAGUCAGGUGUUUCUGUAAUAAUAUAUUAGCUACAAGCAGAGUGGGGGUGGACUGACUUGUAAAUAAAACGUGUACACAUGUUUCUUAUUCUUUAAAAAAAAAUAAUCCAUUGUGGUACUUCCAUUUUUUGUCCUCCUUGUUUUAUUUUGAAUAAUUUCUAAUGUUAUUAUGCCAGUAAAUAUAAUUAUUUUACCCUUUCCCAUGCCCAUUGUAAAUUGUUAUAUCGUGUAACUGCCCUCGAAAAAGUGCCACAUUGGGAGCCUCUUCUUUUUUUGUAAUGCACUGUUAUGUUUUUUUGUUGUCGUUCUCUGUUGUUUGUCUUUAUUUGUUUUACUUUGGUUUUAAAAGCACAAUCACUAAACUUUAUUUUAAACCAUUUUAUCUAUUAACCUUUUUGUCUUACAUGAGGAAUACAGGUACGACAAAAGAGCCUUGUUAAUCCUGAUGACGUAGGUGAAGACGAUAAGCUGUUUACCUAGGGGUGGAGGUAGGAAACUGACUCCCUGCUGGCUAGUCUACGUCUGUCUCGCCUUCCUCAUCGAAACGAUAACAUUGUUAUUUUUUGUUUAUUUGUUUUUUUUUCUUUAUAAAAAGAGCCUCGUUUUUUUGUUUUUGCUUUACUGUUAAAUGACAAGUUAUUACAAAACCCAGUAACACUAGUAACCUUGACAUCAAGGCUACUUUCCCUGUCGUUUAAUAGUCUUUUUCAUUCGGGCUUUUUUUCCCUUCAUUUGACGAAUGCACUUAAAGGAUACUAAGGAACAGGGAUGUGGCUAUCACCAUGGUGAUGAGGAGGAGCAGACGGGAUUGGCCAACAGAGAGUGUGUUUC